UGCUCAUAACUACUGACUCUGCUGACUCCCGUCCACUCAGACUGACUGGACGUUUCGUCAUUGACUGGUGUGCUGACUUGCAUAGUAAUGAAGCCUUGUUCUCUAUCCUCUGCGCGAUUGCCUUCAAGUCCUUGCGAGUCAGCGUUGCCUCUGCAUCACGGUGCUUUCCUCUCCGAUUUCCAUUUGUAUUUAUCAUUCUUCUUCUACGCGGCACAGUGAUGCACUGAAUAGCAAUCAUCUUCAUGUUUGCAGAUACAGUAUGUGUGCAGAGGAGAUACUGAUUGCCUAGAUUGAGAGUCUGGCUCGUAACAAAGAGCAUGAGUGCCUCUGGCACUGGAUUGUUCUAUUAAUUUAUUAGCUCUGAAUAUCUGUCAGCUCUCUGUGAACACCCUCUUACCUCUGAUUAUUAUGUAACUAUCCUGUCACAUGAAUCAUGUGUAAACGUGUCAGCCGGGGACAAUAUUGCAUUAUCUUAAACCAUGAUUGUUUUGUUCGCUAACUCUCAAUCUCUCAUCUUGUUGUAAAUCCUGAAAGGCACAGUCUUUUUAAUUCUUUCCAUCUGUCAAUCCUGCUUUAAAAGAUUUAUGUUUAAUACAAAUUUCAUCUUUUGCACAGGAUUAUUCUUAUUAUUAUUUUUUUUUAAAGAAGCUUUUUCAUCUAUUUGAUCCUGCUAGAAGUAUUGUGCAACAAAGGCAGCGAGACAGCACAGCUUGCACCAAAGGAAACAGAUUUUAGAUGUAUUAGAAACAAACCUGGAGAAGAUUUUCACACCAAGCAGUGAGGGAAUAGCUUUUACUGCCGUUAUUGAAGACUUUCUCAACAAUAUAUUGUUUUCAGUCCAGCCUGCAACAUCUACGGGGAAUAGAGUUAAUUCAACCAAUAAUCAUUGAUUGCAUUGUUCAUGAUUAAUUUGUGUUUGUGCUAAUGCCAACAACGUUUCAGAUGGGAAAUGCUUCAGACACAUCCGACGUGUUUGCCUCCACCAUCUCCAAGGAGUACGACAACCUCAUGGGUUCGCUCUACAGCGCAUUUUGUGAGUGGACACAACGAGCAAAUCUCUGCUUCAUCCCCGCAGGUGCACAAUCUGCAGCUCAGCUCACUCUCUUUCUUCUUCUUCUUCUUCUUCUUUGUACAGGUAUACUGUCCCUCAUGGGCAACUGCAUCCUGCUACUUGUUGCAUAUCACAAGCGAUCGACCUUGAAGCCAGCGGAGUUCUUCAUCAUUAAUCUCUCCAUCAGUGACCUUGGGAUGACGCUCUCUUUAUUCCCAUUGGCAAUACCGUCAGCUUUUUCACACAGGUGGCUGUUUGGAGAGAUCACCUGUCAGCUCUAUGCUAUGUGUGGAGUACUGUUUGGUCUAUGCAGCUUGACCAACCUCACAGCUCUCUCCUUAGUGUGCUGCCUUAAAGUCUGCUUCCCUAACCAUGGUAACAAGUUCUCCUCGACCCAUGCCCGCCUCCUGGUGGUUGGAGUGUGGUGUUAUGCAUCUGUGUUUGCUGUAGGGCCCCUGGCACAGUGGGGACAUUACAGUCCUGAACCUUACGGCACAGCCUGCUGCAUUGACUGGCAUGCGCCCAACCACGAGCUUUCAGCUUUGUCUUACAUCGUCUGUCUUUUCGUCUUUUGCUACGCGCUGCCCUGCACUGUCAUCUUCCUCUCUUACACUUUCAUUCUGCUGACGGUGCGGGGGUCACGUCAGGCUGUCCAGCAGCAUGUGUCACCGCAGACCAAGACCACCAAUGCACACUCUCUCAUUGUCAAGCUGUCGGUGGCCGUAUGUAUCGGCUUCCUGGGUGCCUGGAGCCCGUAUGCUGUUGUGGCCAUGUGGGCUGCGUUCGGAGACGCCACGGAGGUUCCUCCUCAAGCAUUCGCACUCGCCGCCAUUUUCGCCAAGUCUUCCACCAUCUACAACCCCAUGGUCUACUUGCUGUGUAAGCCCAACUUUCGUGAGUGCCUCUACAGGGACACGUCUAUGUUACGGCAGAGGAUCUACAGGGGGAGUCCACAGUCAGAUCCCAAAGAGUGCUUUGGAUCCGGCUCGCAGCGCAACAAGGACAUGAGCGUCUCCACGCGCUUCUCCAAUGGGCAGCAGGAGGGCUACGGCGCGUGUCUGCACUGCAAUGAGAAUGCAGCACCGUGUCAUGUGGCCACUCCCCAAAGGACUGCCUGCAUCCUGACUGGAUCCACCUACAGAGAGGUGACAGUUACCCGGCUCUCUGCCAAGCCACAGGCUGAUUUACUCUAGUGGUACAACCUCCUCGUCCUGCUGCUUUUAUGAAGCAGACAAAAUGGGACAGCUGCUCAAAAGGACAGAGAUUAUUGAGUAUGGACAACAAAACAACAAAGAGCCUGCACAAGCUAUAAAGACUGUGUCACAAAGACAUUACAGCAUGACAAAAACACAGUCUUGAAAGGACCUCUGAUAGUGUCCUUCCUCAAAGUAACUCAUGACCCCUUCAUUGUGAAAUCCACACUGUGCUUACUCCAUGAAAAAAAACUUGUAAUGUCUUGAUGUGUACUUCUGUAUCAGCUCCUGUUUUAAUGUAUAGUAGCUCGAUAAAUUAGACAAGGAGAAGCCGUGCUGGCUGGCUUCAAGGUGAAUCAGGCAAAUGUGUGACACUACUUUGUAAUAUGAGGAUGAGCUGUGUUUAUUUUAUCUGGCCUGUGCAAAAAAACAAAAAAACACAUCAGAUCAAUUAUUUCAGAGGAGAUGAAGAAACUCUCUAUGGUCCUUCUUGUUUUUGCAAGAUCUACAGAUUAAUGUGUAAUCAAAGGACGUGUGUAACUGCUGUAUGUAUGCUGACACCCGGGUGGUGAAGAUGUUAAGUAUUCACCUCCUGUAGGCUUGAAUGUUUGUGUCCUUGUCAACAUUUCAAUCCAUCCUAACAAAGACUAACUCAAACUGACCAAUUUUAGCAGCCACUUCAAGCUUAUCUGAUAUUUAAAAGACUUUGAUUUUGGUGUAUCACUGUAUCAAAGAGGUUUUUCUGUGCCACGUAGCCUGCAGCCAUUCUACAUUCUCCUACUACAGACUGUUGGACAGUUUACACGCUGUAGACUUUCAGACUGUUUCUGGGGUAAAAGAUCUAAUUUAGACACUGAUAAAAUUUUGUUCUUUGUUUUUAUGAGUGUAGAAUGAGCCUACAGAGGGGCCGGGUUCUCUUCCACGGAGCCUACCACCAUGUCAAAGUUAUGCAUAAACUAACAGCCCGCCUCAGCUCCACCUAUGAUCCACGUCUUUGCCGUUUUUUAGAGCAGCCGGGAGGCGGCAGAGGCAGGACAGCCAAGACGGUGUCAACCAGAACCUCCAGAACCUCUAUUCAUAAA